CACCACCUCUCUGCAACUCAAACCCAAAGUUAGGGGAAAAAAAAAGAGACAGAGAAAGAAGGAAUUUUGUUUUGAUCAAGGUCUCCAUUAAUGGCAUUAACAAAACAACAACAAGAAAAAAAACAAGGAGAUGUAAGAAUUUAUUUGGUGUCAUGUGUACUAUUUUUUUGUAUAGUAGCUGGAGGUUUCUUUCUUGCGUUGUAUAUACAUCUUCCUGAAUCUGAAUCUUCUGCAUGGUAUCCUGCUGCUGGGAUGAUUUUAGUUGGUAUCCCUUGGAUUUUUUGGCUUCUUACCUUAAUUUAUGCUUGUUUAAAGAAACUUGUAUUAGGAUCCAUAAAUUCCGACAAAAAUAACAACAAUAAUAACAAUAACAAGGUUGCACCAGUAGUUUCAAAUGGUAAUGGGGGAAGAAAAAGUGGUGCAUCAACAUCUACGAGAUCAUCGACGGAGUCUAAUCUCGGGGCCGAUAAUGGUGGUGCUGGACAUGUUCGAUUUGGUGGUGCAACUGUAGUUGGUGACGAAGAGGACGAUAAUCAUGACGAUGGGGUUGAAUCGCUUGAUGAUGACGAUCGGGAUUCAGAUUUAGAUCACGAAGGUGAUGGUGGAUUAUCGUCACGUAUUGGCCCAACAAGGUCCUCGUCUAGUAAUGGUGAAGGAUCUUCUUUAUCUGUUGGUUCUCAUGAAUCUGAAUUGCCAUUAGCAUUCUCUAUGUGAUUAUAUAUAUAUAAUAAAUUAAUUAGAUCAUUAAUUCUCAUUUUGAAACAACAAAAAUGAUUAGUAGAUAUACUGUCGCAGGGAUAUGUUCAUCAUGAUUACGAAAUUCAAAGUAGCAUCACUUCAUCAUCAUCUAGCAGUCUAUGAUUUUGGGAAACAAUUGUUGUCAUAUAAAUAGAUAGGGACACAUUGAUAGAAGGUCCUUUAGACUGAGAGACAUGCAUAUGCAUGCGAGAAAUCAGAGUGAGGAAAGAGGCGAAUAUAGUUUCCAUGUGUAUUUUUAGGAUGAUUUUCCAAGUGUUUUCAAAUUUAAAAGUUGGUUCAUCUUCUUCCUCGUGUAAAGGCCUUAUAGUUGUUAAUUGAUGUUGCACUUAAAUUUCAUGAGUUUUGUAGCCCAAAUUAUUUUAAGAAACUUAAUAUUAUUCUCAAUUCAUAUCA